AUGACCCUUUCAGAUGAUAUCACAAGAUUUUAUAUAUCAGGAUUACCAAAGACAAAACGAGGCUAUGACUGCAUAAUGGUUGUGGUAGACCAUGGCCUUACAAAGGGGGUAAUUUUCAUCCCAACCAACAAAGAAUUAACCGCCCUAGAAGCCGCCGAACUUCAAACAAGCCAUUUUCCAAAGCGUCUACAGACCUAG